AUGGUUGCUGACAUGAUUAAUAUUCUAGGACCGCUUCCUCGUCGCUGGUGGGACCGAUGGGAGAAACGGGGGGAGCUUUUCCUCGACAAUAGAUCAAUGAGGCAAGACUCACUGCGUCUCUAUCUGGCGCCUUUUCGACCAUUGAGUGAAAGAAUAUGCAGCAUGGGACGAUAUGAAUUCAGCCCGGAGGAAAUGGCUUGUUUCGCGAACUUAUUGAGGGCUAUGUUGAUGUAUGGAUCCUCAGACCACAUUACCGCGAGUGUGGCGAUUGAGUCGGAAUGGAUGCAGGGUUGGGCGAGAUGA